CGCUCUGCGUCGCCCCGAGCCCGCAGGAUGGAGAUGCUGAACCAGUUCGUGGCCCGGGGCCAGUUCCGGGUCCUGAAGGAGCCACUGGGCUUCAUCAAGGUCCUGGAGUGGGUGUUCUCCAUCUUUGCCUUCGCCACGUGUGGGGGGUACUCGGGGUCUCUGGAGCUGAGCAUCGAGUGCCCCCCCCCCAACCGCAGCACCCCUGACAUCACCGUCACCUUCGGGUACCCCUUCCGGCUGCACCGCUGUUACCUGCUCCCCCCCCCGUGCGCGGUUCCUCCUUCCCGCGUGUUCCUGGUCGGUGACUUCUCCUCCUCCGCUCAGUUCUUUGUGGCUGUUGCUGUUGGCGCCUUCGUGAGCGCGGGAGCUGCUCUGGGCGCCUACGUGGGGGCAGCGCGCGCGUGCGCGGCGGGAGGGCGCGGGCCCCGCCUGGACCUGGGGGUCACGGUGGCGCUGGCGUUCCUGUGGCUGGUGGCGUCGUGCGCGUGGGCAGCGGCUCUGGCAGGUGUGAAGGCAGCAACGGACCCGGCUCAGGUCCUGGCGCAGGUUAGCGCCUGUCGCAGGAGUGACGUCACCUGCAGGCCGCUGGCGGCUCCGCGCAUGUCCGGCCUCAACACCUCCGUGGUCUUCGGGUUCCUCAACCUGGUGCUGUGGACAGGGAACAUCUGGUUCGUGUUCAAGGAGACCGGCUGGGGGGGCCUCGGGGCCAGGCCCCCCCCCCAAGGGGUGCCCGAGAAGGCGCCUGCCCCCGAGGGGGGGCUCGGGCAGCCCGAGGGGGGGUUCGGGCAGCCCACGGGGGGCUAUGGGCAGCCGGGGGGGGGCUACCAGCCCGACUAUGGCCAAGGGGGGUACGGCCCCCCCGAGGGGGGGUACAGCCAAGGAGCCCCCACCUCAUUCGCCAACCAGAUGUAGGGUCCUCCCCCCCUGCAGGGGGCGCUGUGCCGAGGAGCCGCCACGUGCGGCACCCACCGGGGGUGGGCGUGGCCGUGCCGUGGGUGGGGCCUGAGCCUGCCCCAUAGCCCUGCCCU